AUGAGCUCGCCGGCGCCGGCGCUGGAGGCUCCUCCUGCACGAUCCGUGCUGCACGUCCCAACGUCCGAUCCUUGCCGGAUGGUUCUCGAGCGAUGCGACCUACGGAGCCUGCGGCGGCUGCACGGCGUCAAUGUCGCUCUCAAGGAUGCGGUCGAGCAGUGCGUCGAGUCCCGAGCGUGGCGAGAAGCGGAGCACCUCUUCGCGGUCCCGAGCACCACAGACAGCACCUCCUCUGAGGCGUGGCGAAAGGUCUUCCAGGUCUCUGGCGGGCUUCCUGGCCCGGGGCGACCGAGCCCCUUCAUGGUCUUCUGCCAGGAGCGGCGUCGCGAGAUCAUCCGAACGAAUCCGAGCAUGGGCUUCAGAGACAUUGGACGUGCCCUCGGCGCCGCGUGGGCCGGGUUCUCGGACGAGCAAAAACGCAGCUACUGCGUUGGCCUCUCGUCGGCCGGAGAGGCGCAGAGAAAGUGCAGCGGCGCGCGCCAACUCUCAUUCCUCAAUGCCUACCACACUCUGGUGGCAGACGCCAAACGAGUUGCGCGGGCGGAAAGGUGGACUGCAUGGGCGCUCAGCGGUGAGGGUACAUUUCAGCUCUUCAAGGCCAAGGGGAUACGUUUUGUGGCGCGCGCAACCAAGAGGAGGGCUCCCGUUCGAAAGGCUCUGCUCCGAUGGACAGACCUCGCCGAUCCUUUUCUGCCGCGGGCGCGGCCAAAUCGGGGUCAUACUCUCGGUGGACGCCCCCGUCUUUUGGGUGGGCGCCCGGGGCUCUUCUAUCACUUUUACGAGUCCAGCUUCAGUCAUGCGGCAAAAAGUAAAGAGGCAUGCCAAGGCGCCCACUGCCGGCCCGCGCUGAGCGCUUUUUCUCCUUUUGGCAUCGUGCUCGCUGCGGUGGUCAUGUUUGCCGCCAAGAAGAUUGUCAAGGAGAAGGAUGUGCCGCCCGAGCCGUUUGAGAUGGACGUCGCACAGGCGCUGUGCGACCUGGAGGCCAACUCGAACGACCUCAAGGCGGAGCUGCGGGAGCUGUACAUCGUGUCUGCCAAGGAGGUCGAC